GUUAUUUCUCUGUACAGAAAAUUACUGAGGAAGGGGAGAUCACUUCAAUUUACAGACAAAGAAUACUAUUUCCAACGAAUCCGGUCAGAGUUCGAUAAAAAUAAAAACUUAGAGAGGAAGGAAGAUAUUCAGAGAUGUAUUGAGAAAGGACAAGUUUUUCUUGAAAGAAAUGCAUUAGUUUAAAUAGACAAAUUCAGCUAAACAAGACAUUAAAAUGCACAAUCCAGACCUCCAUGCUGACUUAAUAUUAGCAAUUCAAAGUGGAGAUAACAUUGUUGUAAAAUCUAUAUUGGAUAUCGGAUGUGACCAAGUAGCUCUAGAUACUGCUUUGUGCUGGGCAAGCCGUUAUGGCAACAUUGAAGUUGUUCAGAGUUUAUUACUUAAUGGAGCUAACCCAAAUGCACAAGUCUGGGGAGGAUUCACCCCACUUUUAUGGGCUGCUAUGUUUUCACCCAAUGUGAAUGUCUUAACUGUAUUGAUAGAAGCCGGUAGCAAUGUUAAUUGUUUUUCAAAUAAACGUCGACAAACACCACUACAUGCUGCUGCCAUCAGGGGAGAUAACCUAAUGACCUCAAUGCUUUUGGAAUCUGGUGCCAAUGUGGAUGCUCAAGAUUACAUGUACAAAACACCUCUUCUGCAUGCUGUAUUGAAAAAUAUUCCAUCUUGUGUAAAAAUACUUCUGCACCAUAACUGUAAUGCUAACAUGAGUGGAUGGUAUAACGGGACAAGUGUGUCACCACUAAUACAAUCAUUAAUUCAGAACCAGUUGGAAAUCACUAAAAUGCUUAUUCUGGCUGGUGCAAAGUUUAACAAGGAAGCUAUAUACCAAACAUACACUAUCAAUCAGUAUUACCAUACAGCUGAAAGCUUUCACUUUGAUGUAAGACCAGUUUUUCUUCAGCAACAAUGUAGAAUCUGUAUUCGUAGUUUACUGAAACCUAAAUUUCUUGAAAAAUUGAAUCAAAUGCCCUUGCCAACAGUAUUAAAAGAAUUUCUGAGCCUAGAUGAAUUGAAAUAUAUUUGAUUGCGUGUUUUUAGUUUGAAUUUAUAAUUUUUGACAUUGAUUGUUUUGUAUUAAGAAAAGAUUCAGAUUUAGUAAUAGAAAGUAUCAAUUUAUAAUGUAGCUCUCAUUUUGAUGUACAUAUAUAUAUACAAAAUUAAAUACGUGUAUUAUUUACAAAUAUGUUUUUUUGAGGUCAUCAAAUCUCUUUGUUUAUUUUAUUCAACUGAAUAACUUGAAAUCAAUAAUUAGUUGAUACUAUCUUCUCAUGAAAAAUUAUUAUGGGAUGGUACUGAAUUUUAGUGAGAUACACUAUUAUGAAACUAGAAAGAAAACAACAGAAAUCUUAACUUAAAUAUGAGAUUAUAGCUCUCAUUUUAAGAAUAUUAAAAUUAUUACUGGGAUCACAAUACUAGUUUUCUUGAUGCAUAACAAAAUACAUAUGUUGAUAAAUUUACAGUACCAUCUUUUUUUAAAUUUAAAUAUCUGAAUUAUCUCCCCUUAUGAAGCAAGUUUUACCUUGAUUUAAAAAAAGGAAGUUUUUGAACAUAUUCAACAUAUUUGAGGUUUAUCUUACAAAUUAUAAAAUAUAAUUGGCUUUUUCAAACACAAAGACAUGGCUAGCUUCUGAUACAAUACAUUUGCUUAUUCAGCUUUGCUCUUUCAACACGUUUCAACAGUAUAUGGGCUAUGUCAAAGAUUUUGGAAAAAUUUUGCAUACAACUCGUUGGCUCGUUAAAUAAUAACUUAGGUCCAAAAAAUGAUGCACUUUAUUUUAUUUUUAAAAAAUUUACUGAAUGGAUUAUUUCAAAAUAAGCAAACAAAUGUAUGGGAAGCACAUAAAAUCGGUGAAAAACUUUAUCAAAUAUGUCUUUAAAUCUUCAAAUCUCCAAUUUCAAAUCCAUAGAUUUUUCUUUAAAAUUGAUAUGUUGUUGAACCAAAGAUGUAUGCAAAUUUUUACCUAAAUCUGUGACAUAGAUUUACUGUAUCUUGUAUUAAAGAUACUAACAGUUCAUUUAGACAAGUAUCAUUGGAGGAAGUUCAACUCACUUUUCAUUCAAAUGCAUUUUUUUUUUUUUUUCAUAUUAUGAAUUAAUAUUCCUUUUUUUGAGAAAUAAUUAUUUUAACCAAAUUGUGCUCUGUAACUUUAGAGUGAUUUUGGUGAAACCUUCUCCACUAUUUUACAAUAAUAUGUUACUAUAAAUACAAUAUAGUUCAUUCAGUUAUGUGAUAAACCAUUAUGUGUUGUUUGUUAAUUUUGCUUGAAUAAAAGACAUUUCCAUUUUG